UGCAUAAUGACAGACCAUAUUUUUAGAAAAACUAGAAUAACUCAGAAACAGAUCAGUCAUGGUGUAGAUUAUAGGGAUUAUGGGCAAAAAAAAAAACUGAAAUACAGAGUAGACUAGUGAGAUCAAUACCCUACUUUCAGAGACUAUUUUUUGGGAUAAUCAUGUGCAAUGAUUUCAGAUGGUUUUGCGAUGCCCAUUGGAUGAUGAUCAAGAACGGUUCGGAACUGGAUCAUCCUCAUUGGAUAAUUUCAAACAAUGAAGAGCCAGACAAAAUGGCUUUAAGAUUUGCUGUGUGUAAUAAUUGCAAAUUGGAAUUUUUCGUACCGCCAACUUUCAAGGAAUACAAGGAAAUGACACGCGAAGCGAGGAGACGUGUCUUGAAAUCCAAGAAAAACUUCUACAUCAAGCAGUAUAACAUUGGAAUGUUAAGUGAAGAAUCUUACAGAAUAUUGGUUGAAGCUGUAGAAAAAGGUUUGGAAUCUCCAAAUGUGCAAUUCGAUACGAAUAAAUUUUUGAACAUGAUUCGAGAAGUCAAUUUGAUAUCCCACAACUCACAAGGAUUUUGGAACACGUACGAAUAUAGAUUCAGGAUGAUGCAUCCAAGACAUAUGAACCGUUUCAGAAGAUUGAUAAUGAGCUUAGUGGUCCAUCCACUUUUUGAUCUGACUAUCAAUUUCGUAGCUUUAUCCAACCUUAUGAUCAACAUAUACCUCUUGAUAUCUUCGAGUAAUCGACCACUAUUUUUCACAAUAUACUACUGUUUUUUUGGAGUAUAUUUAUUCGAAAUGAUAGUAAAAAUACAUUUCUUCACACUUCGAAGAUUUUACGAUGGAAUUUUCAAUUAUUUCAGUUCUGUUUGGAAUAUGAUGGAUGCUCUCCUGGUCUUGAUGACAUUUAUUGUCGUUAUUUAUAUUUCCUAUAGGGUCGAUUAUUGGAACGUGCUGUUGGUUGCAACUUUUUCGACUCUCAGGAUCGUAAGGAUAUCGAGAUUGUUCCAGCACUUCAAAACCUGUCGAUCAGUUAUGAGCUUGGAGGCUCGGAUUCACGGCGAUUCAAGGGCAAGAAAAGCUUACGAAACCGGGAAGACAUUCAUCAAGGGUGAACAGGAAUUAAUGGUAAUUGUACCUGGAAUGGUGAAAGACCCACAUAUAACAGCAGACAUUCUCAUGCAAAUGGAUGAGAACAUCAUGUUGGUUGCGAGGGAAAUUGAACAAAUUCAGCACAAUCGUCCACAAGUAUCUAUAGAUAUCAAAACCAAACAAGCCAUUAGAACAGUUCUCAAUUUCAUGAAUGAGGAAAUUGAUUUUAUAAAGAACGCAGGAUGGAUAGAUGAAAUUGAAUAUAAGUUGCUGCUGAAAUCGGUUUACGAAAGAUAUCAAUACCUGCAUACUUUGAGGAAAGUAAAACGGAAUUCUCCCAAGGCGUUCUUCGAGGAUAUUUUAUGGUUAAACGACGAUGAAACUCUGACCGAGUAUUUGUAUGAUAAUGCUCAGAACAAAAGUUUCGCUUCUCAAGACGUUAUAAUAGCGAAAGGCGAACAUGCUGACGGGAUUUAUAUGGUGAUAUCAGGUUUGCUGAAUAUAGAAUACGAACCAGAACCAAGUGUUCUGGAGAAGUUGGAAAGAUACGGUGCUUUACCAGUGAUCGACUUCAUGACUAAUAUGAAUUUCAAAGCAGCGAGAAGGGAAUAUAUUGUGGCUGGCAAUACGUUCGGUGAAUUCAGUCUACUGACCAGAAGACCAUACGCUUGCAGUAUAAUUGCAGAUACUUCCUGUGAAGUGAUGUUUCUACCUGAGCAAUGUGUGAGGAGCGCGAUGAACCUGGACAAUGAUCCAGUGAGUGGGAUGGAAUGCCGAAUAUGGAAGAACGUUUGCAGAAAUAUGACCCUCGAUAUUCUUGUGAACGCACGACCAUACCGAACAACCCCAUUGGACGAAGUGAGACAAUGUUUGGACAGAUGUUUCGUGCCCAAAUUGAGUCAGUUCAGAGCACUAUCGAGAACUGAAUACAUAGAAGAUAUCAUCGUUAUCGAUGGGGCUGUUUUGGAUGAGAAAACUCGAACAUAUUUCGUAGCACCAAGGCACAUUCCCAGGUUUGUAGGUCAGUACAGAAGAUUUUCCUGCCGGGAAACGAAAAAUUUUCCCUGAAUACUGAAAUUGAAACGAAACUGGUUUUAGUAACUAUUCCAGAUGCGAAACCGGAGUUCAUAAUGGAAAGAGAAAAGAAUUUAAAUGAUGGCGUGAGUAUAAAAUAAAUAGGUUUGGCAUAAAUAAUUGGCUCCAUGUCCGUCAGAAGAUUGCAGGUAUCAUCGUUUAGUAAUGAAGAGUUCCCUUUUUCACAGAUGAUGAAAUUAUUGAUUUUUUUUUCAGUCAUUUACAUAACGAGAGGUUUUUAUGCAAAUAUCUUCUCCCACACUUUGCUGAAACCAUCAAUGAAUCCGGAAAAUUCUGCAAGCUGUAAUCCAUUUGAUGAAGCAUCCUGUUUUGAGUUGGCUGUCGUCCAGAUGAUGUCAAAUGAAAAAAUAAUGCUAGUGAUGGAAAUUAAAUGAACUUUUGGUCCUAAAAGAAAUACCCCAAAUCGUCUAGGAUAUUUUCACCGUACUCCAAAAAAUCCGCGAGUCCAAUGACCAAGAGCUAUAAUAAAAUUUUCAAGAACAUUUUUAUAACAAUUUUAAAAAACAUUUCUAUGCAAACCGUAUACAAAUGAGAAUGUUACAAAAUUAUCUAUAGUAAUUUAAUGUUAUUUGUGUAUUCGUGUAUUUGUGUUAACAUAUGAAUGUGAAUUUUCAGGAUGAAAAUCCAGAAAUAACCUUUUGACUGAAAAAGUUAUAUAUGUUUUCAUUCCCCUCAUCAUUUAACUCAAAAACUGAAUUAUAUGAUUUUCACUAACAUGAGUUGUUCAAUACGUGUUCUGCUUUCACAGUAGCAUCUUCAGGUGGAGUUUAUUCAGUUUUUUAGUUUAAUUAUGGAUUUUCAUCAAGUAUCACCAGUAUCAGCCACAUCAAUUCAAUAUAUAACACUGAAUUUAAACGUUUACCAAAUAGCUUGAUUACCAUGCAUAUUAAUUUAACAAAGAAUGAGCGUUGUUGGCAACGUAUUAUUUUCAUUAUCUUGCAAAUCAGAGAAUUUUUCAUGAAAUAUUCCAUUUCGAGUGCAACUUGACAGAAAAAAACUCAAGACACCAGUAUUAAAAAAACUGAAAAUAAAUCUCAAAAACGCUCGUGUAAAUCCCGAUUCAGCAUCGUGGGCUUCUCAACUAUUCUGAAGGAUUCAUGUUUUCAGGUUGCCGGUUUUUAAUAAUCAAACACGUACUUGAAAUUGUAUGAAAUCGCAUCUUCGUCAUCUUUAUUUCUUGUACUUCUUUUUCGAGAAAUGGUUUGAGAAAGAAACAAUGAUUAUAUUAUACUAAGCGCUAAAUGAACUGUUACAU